AUGGCUGCUAUGAGGACUUUAACCGUGGCAGGUCUCUUUUUGGCAUUUUGCGCGCUGGGACUCAUCGCUGUGGCCAUCAGCACUGACAACUGGUACGAGACUGACGCGAGGAGACACCGGGAGCGCUGCAAGAAUUAUGCAAACAAAAGAAAGGACCCCGGUUACAUUUACAUCUCCAGCAACAACCUUCCACUUCGCAUGUUGCCCAAGGAGAGCAAUAAUGUGGCUGCGAUGAUGAGGAGGAGCGGAGAGACACCGCUGCUGCUGCGGCGCGCUAAGCGGCACUUCAUGUCUCCUGCUCCGGCCAUGGAGUCGCUCUGCAGCCGGCAGUUCAACUCCACCAUCACAGGACUGUGGAAAAAGUGCCACCGAUGGGGAUUUGACUUGGAGAUAGAGGAUUUGAUCUUUAAAGGAUUGGUUACGCGCUGCACACCAAUAAAAUACUACUACUCAUCAUCAGUGCUGCCCAGAAAUCUGCCAAUCAAUCUGACGAAGACAAUAAGGCAGGAUGAGUGGCACGCGCUCCACCUCCAGAGGAUGACUGCCAGUUUCGUAGGCAUGGCCAUCUCCAUCAUCCUGUUCGGCUGGAUCAUAGGCGUGCUGGGCUGCCUCAAGGAGCAUGAUCUGAUGCAGUAUGUGGCUGGACUUCUCUUUCUCAUGGGAGGGACCUGCUGCAUCAUCUCCCUCUGCACAUGUGUGGCUGGGAUCAACUUUGAACUGUCCCGCUAUCCUCGAUACAUGUUUGGAAUACCAGAGGACAUCAGUCACGGCUAUGGAUGGUCCAUGUUUUGUGCUUGGGGCGGAUUGGGCCUGACGUUGCUUGCCGGCUUCCUGUGCACGCUGGCUCCUUCUCUCUACCCUCCACACACCCCCGUGGUGCACAAGCCCAGGCAGGAGAACGGCUGCGUGUGACAGGCCGCCGCACAUUUAACAGACACCUGUCUCAUCCUGAAACAGUGACGAGCACAGCCCUGUGUGCUGCACAGACAGUUUAUACCCAGGGACUCAGAGAGCAGAGAGAGCCUUCACAAAAGCACAGGACUCAGAGCAGAGAGAGCCUUCACAAAGCACAAGACACUGGCUCUCGCUCACAUGAAUAUGAGAAAAGAGGUGACAUCUGACUGAAGACGGUUUCAGGUCCUCUGGUGCUUUUUUGUCCCCGUCCCUCUUUAUGAAUGAACUGUUCAGUGUUAAUUGCUUGCUCCUCAAGAGGAAGAAUAGUUAUACACAUUUUCUUCCUGUAAAAUCUGCUAGUUUGAGAAGAAAAAAAGAGAAAAAGAAACACUGGCAGAUAAUCAAUAGCACAACUUUAAAAUCUGUAUCAAAGGUCAAACUAUGGAUGUGUACCGUCACAUUUCAAAAGGGCAACUGUGUAUCAUUAUGUACCCAUUCAAAACAAGAUAUGUACGUGUACUUUUUGAAUUGUAUGUAUGCAGAUGCAUUUGUGUUUAUUCAAGGAAAAAUAUGAACAUUAAGACCAAACUGUGUUUGAGGGAAAUGUUUUGUUGUUCUUGAGGUCUUACCGCCAUCAAAAUAUUUUUGAAAAAUAAAACAGCCUUGCAAAACUA